AUUAUAUUGUCUUCUUGAAUCUCCUCGUGAGAGCACAUUGUGAGUAGAAAUUAGGUUAGAUAAUUACAAAGUGGUGUUGAAGUGAUGGCGUCAAGCGGAGCUGAGGCGGGCAGAGAAGCGAAGGUGCACGUGCGUCCGGCGCGCCCCGAGGAUAUGGCCCGUGUGCAUUCCUUGAUACACGAACUUGCGGCUUACGAGAACGUUCCAGAUGGACCCAAACUCUCAGUCCAAGAUCUGAUCACAGACGGGUUCGAGUGUUCGUCGCCGUGGUUCUCCGUUCUGAUCGCGGAGUCAGCGGGCGAGGUGGUGGGCUACCUGAUGUGGAACCGGGCGUACUCCAGCUGGACGCGGCGCGCGCUAUAUGUGGAGGACCUGUAUGUGCUGCCGGCGGCGCGGCGUGCCGGCGUCGGCAUGCGGCUGAUGCGGGCGCUCUGUGAGCUGGGGCUGGCGGCAGGCGUGCACCGGAUCGACUGGCACGUGCUGGAGCAGAACGCGAGCGCGCGCCGCUUCUACGACAAGCUGGGCGCGCGCGACCUGCGCGUCACCGAGGGCCGGCUCAUGCUGCGCCUCGACAGACAUCGCAUCGAGGCCGUCGCUCAACAGCAGCUGUAAGCAUUUCACAUUCUACUGAAGCAUUUCAAUUUUCUUAUUAAGCGAAUAUACCAAUAUAAGUAUAAUUGGGUUUAAUUAAUGCUUUGCUUACCCCCAUUAUUUUGGUAUAUAGGUAAUUCACUAUUGUCCGUAGCAAUAGACUGUUGUUAUAGCAAUAGAAUGUUAUGUUUAUUAAAUAAUGAAAGAAA